UUCUAACGCCUAAGAUUAAGCUAACGCAAAAAAAAAAGAAAAAAGAAAAAGUGGUCCACAUUGUUCCCCAUUUCUUCCAUCAGGAUGUCAGUGUCGCUCACGCGUACCUUUUUCAUCAUAUCCCACCUUAUCUUGCCUCACCUCAGCCCGCGAGCACACUGUCCCUCUCCGCGUGCGUGCGUGCGUGCGUGUGUGAGUAAUAAUGACGAAGGGGAGUGGUUGAGAACGAGAGCGCCGUGCGCCCCGCGGACUCCGCAGGCAUCUCGUUCAGACGAGCAGCAGCGGCUUAUCGCGAUGUCACGCCGGCGGCGUCCUCUCAAUCUGGUCUGAGACACCCGAGGCUCGUUAACCGCACAUGUAUGUCUCAGUGUAGCAGAUUCAUCGGGAGCCGCUUGCUGUUAGAAUGCGUCCAGGAGCGCGUCCUCCUCCUGCCGAUGCCGUGCAGCCCUCCCUGUGCCUGUGCCUCCUAGUUCUCCUCCACUGUGCCGAGGCUGCUGCUGCUCUGUCUGAAGGCGCUGUUUACAACGGAGAAAAUAAGCAGGGUUCCCUGAGGAGCAUCCUUGAUCACGUACAGAGUUAUGAGAUUACUUAUCCCACAUGGCUGCAUCGUUACAGACACAGGAGGUCUGCUGGCAAAGAGCAUCCUGCAGAAGCUCAGGUUCUGAUCUCAGCCGAGGGCCGGGAGCUCAAACUACACCUGGAGAGAAAUGAGCAGCUGUUGGCCCCUGGAUAUCAGGAAAUAUGGUACACUCCCGAUGGAGCCCGCAGGUCCUCCUCUCCUGCCAGCACUGGACACUGUUUCUACCAUGGGGAGGUUCUGGGCAUGAAAGGCUCAAGUGUUGCUGUGAGCACAUGCUCGGGACUCAGGGGACUGAUUUCUCUGAACACAAGCGUCAGCUACCUGAUAGAGCCUCUUCCCGUUUCCAUGGGUGCACAGCAGCACGCCGUGUUCAGAGCCGAGAGUCUCCGCCUACCCGGAGGUAGCUGCCUGCAUCACCAUGGCAACGGGGAGCAGGAGGAGGGGCUCGACGACUUCAUCCACGGAAUGAUGUCAUCGCGGAGUGCGAGGGAGAAAAGGGACCUGAGCCAGAAUAUGAAGUACGUGGAGCUGCUGAUAGUGGCGGACAAGGCUGAGUUUGAGAAGCAUGGGAGUAGUCUCCAGAAGACCAAACUGAAAUUACUGGAGGCGGCCAACUUGGUUGACAAGUACUACAAGGCCUUGAGCAUCCGUGUGGCGUUGAUCGGUCUGGAGGUGUGGAACAGCCAUGACAUGAUCAACGUUUCAGACAACCCUCACAGCACCCUGGCAGCAUUCCUGUCCUGGAGAGGAAAACAGCUCCGCACGCUCCCCAACGACAACGCUCAGCUCAUCACGGGGAAGGGCUUCCAAGGCACCACCAUCGGGCUGGCACCUCUCAAAGCCAUGUGCUCCGACUACCAGUCCGGUGGAGUGAACACGGACCACUCGGAGUCAGCUGUGGGUGUGGCUGCCACCAUGGCACAUGAGAUGGGCCACAACUUCGGCAUGAGCCACGACAGUGCAGGCUGCUGCCAGGCGAAGGCCGAAGACGGAGGUUGUAUCAUGGCUGCUGCUACUGGGCAUCCAUUUCCACGUGUGUUCAAUGGUUGCAACCUGAAGGAGCUGAAGAGCUACCUGAGCUCUGGAGGAGGGAAGUGUCUCUUCAACCUGCCAAACACCAGAUCCAUGUAUGGAGGGCAGCGCUGUGGCAACGGUUACCUGGAGGAUGGAGAAGAAUGUGACUGUGGAGAAGAAGAGGAGUGUAAAAGUCCCUGCUGUAACGCCAACAACUGCACUCUGAAAGCUGGAGCUGAGUGUGCCCAUGGCGUCUGCUGUCAUAACUGCAAGUUGAAAAGCCCAGGUGUGCUGUGCCGCGCUCCCUCUGGCUCGUGUGACCUGCCAGAGUACUGCGAUGGGAAGGAGGAGUCUUGUCCUGCUAAUUUCUAUUUGGUGGACGGUACGUCGUGUGUAGACGGGCAGGCCUACUGUUACACCGGCAUGUGUCUGACCCUGGAGCAGCAGUGUCGCUCCCUCUGGGGACAAGAUGGCCGCCCGGCCCCUGACCUGUGUUUUCAGAAGGUAAACGAAGCUGGGGACAUGUACGGGAACUGUGGCAAAGAUCUGUUCGGGAAGUACAGGAGCUGUAAGGAAAGGGAUGCUCAAUGUGGGAAAAUCCAGUGUUUAGCCUCAGCCUCCAAGCCCAUUGAGAACAGCGCUGUGCGCAUUGAAACCACCGUCACCGUGGGCAACACGAAGAUCCAGUGUAUGGGAACACACGUGUACAAGCCCGGGCACGGGGACGAGGAGGGGCAGGGUGACACUCUGGACCCGGGCCUGGUCAUGACGGGCACCAAGUGUGGUGUUGACUCAAUUUGCUUUAAUGGAGAAUGCCGCAAUGCAUCUUUCCUCAGAGCUGAUGAGUGCAAUGCCAAGUGCCAUGGACACGGGCUGUGCAACAACAAUCAUAACUGCCACUGUGACGCAGGCUGGGCUCCUCCUCUGUGUGCCCAGAAGGGGUCAGGUGGGAGUGUAAACAGUGGACCUGUCAUCAGCCAGAGCAAUCUCCUCCCAGUCCUGGUGGUCCUUCCCCUGGUUCUCUUUGUGUUUUUGUCUGCUUUUGGACUCUGGUGCUGCUACAGACAUAAACUCCACCCACUGAAAACCUCUGCUCCACCUCCAGUGUCAAGUUGUUCAGUCCCGUUCGAGGGCCAUGUGAGCGGUCACGCAAACCCGAUAUUCUUGCUUAAAAAACAAGACUCAGACCAGCUGGGGAAGCCCUCUCUUCGUCCGAGCCCAGCUUGCUCAACUCGGUCCAGGCAUGCUAUCAUGCGUCCGGCAGUGAAGCCUCCUCCCGUCCCAGUGUAUGCUGCAGUGCAGAAAGACCAAACACCUCAGCCCCAGAUCCAGCCUGUAGACAGACAAUACUCUCCUCAGGAUUACACUCCACCUUCGGUUAAAUCGGCUCAGCUCACUGAGCAACGACGAAACCAGGCCCCUCCACCACCUUUAGGACGCCCACCUUUACCUUUCCUGGACGCCAAAACCCACCCACAGCGGUCAGUAGUACCCAAGCCCCGACCAGAACCCCCAAACAGACCUCCACCACCUUGUCCUGUCAACAGACUAUCAGGGGAACAGCAACAAACGAAAGGCCUGCAGGCGACCAGUAACACCCUGCAAAGAGGGAAAGCUGCGUUGGCUCCAUCUGCUGGACAGAAAAUGCCAAACAGAAACUAAGAGCUCAGGGAGACGUUGGAGUUCACCACUUACAUCCAACAAUGGACUGGUGUAAAACUGUCUUUUUGAAUAUUAGCGGCUGACAAGGACACUGUAGAAUAUGUUGCAUACUUGACACUGAGUGGUUUACAGUGCACUUACACUUGUGUAUUGAAGGAAAAUGCUAGAAUCACAGUAAGUCAUAGUAUAUAUAUCACAAUGAGUACAUUUUAAGUCUUAAAUCUUUUAAGAUUUAUGCUUAAUAUGUGUUUUGUAAAUUAGCGCUAUGUGUCUGCUUUCACAACUUGAAACAGCAAAUGCUGUGAAUUUAAGAACUUUUUAUUAUUUUCCCAAAAGUUAAUGGAAAUGUGAAGUUGUUCCACGUGUGCAGCAGUGUUGAAAAACUGUUCCAGGAGUAUUUAUUUGCAAAGGAAAAUUCAUGUUUACAACGUAGCAUAAUGUACUAGACAUGGUGUCUCUUUAAGAUUAUCCGCUGUAAAGGGAUAUCUUAUAUUAAGAAAAUAUGCCAAUAUUGAAGUGCUUAGCCUUCUUAUGUGUGAAUAAGAAUGGGAUUUUAACUGGACUAAAUGGGACCAGUGAAAGCCCUACAUGCAUGCUGUAAUGUAUGCUUACGAUGAGAUAUCUGACAUGUAGCAGGGAAUGUUAGGGUUUUGUCUGUUUGUUAUUAGUUUUCUUUUAGUGAUUUUAUACUGUUGUUGUCUUGCACUUUGAGCAAUCAUUUUAGUGUCAAAUACUCUAAAAAGCCUGCAGAAGGUGAGUAUUUGAUGAUUUUUGGUGAUGUAUCACUUUAAGGUGAUUUGAACACACACUGUUUCUUAGUUCUGUCACUUACUAUCAGCGAUGAAUUCCUCUUUGUCCAUGGCAACAUUUCAAAUCAUUUCACAUUGAUUAAAAAAAAAAGAAAUGUCACCAUAGUUUUAUUUACAUGUGUCAGUUAAACAUCAAAAUUUCACCAUCAAUUUGAAUCAUUUUGCAUGUCCGUCCGACGAUGUUACUGAAACUGUUCAGUGGGAGUUCCCUAAUGACCAAAAUGCUCUAAAGUUACUCCUCUAUCUGAGAGGACUAUGUUAAAUGUUCCAUGCUGUGUUACAGUGAUACCUUUGUAAUUAAUGUGAGGUACUGUUAAAAACCGUGGUCCAUUUGACCACUUGGGGGGGGGGUGACCUGGUUUUAUCUGUAAUAUGUAAAAACAGUCUGUCAGCUGCCAUGUUUUACCUUCUUAUCAGAUCUAUGCAAACCCUGGGACUGUGCAACACUGUGUCUUCAACUUGAAUUCAAAUAAACACAUGGGAAAAUGUUGUAAAAAAAAAAAUGUGAUACAUUUUAA